CGACACUCAAACGCGUGCGACAUGUCAAAGCGACUGCUACUGCUGCUGCUGCUCGGAGUGGCAAGCGCGAAGACCGCAACUCCAGAGAUUGAUUGGUGGGAGAACGCAGCGCUGUACCAGAUCUAUCCGCGCAGCUUUCAGGACAGCAACGACGAUGGCGUUGGCGAUCUGAAUGGCAUCACACAGCGGCUGGGCUAUCUGAAGGAAAUUGGCAUAACAGCCACUUGGCUGUCGCCCAUUUUCACUUCACCCAUGGCUGACUUUGGCUACGAUAUAUCCAACUUUACUGAAAUCGAUCCGUCGUUUGGCACACUCGACGACUUUGAUGCUAUGCUGGCGCAUGCCAAGUCGCUGGGCAUAAAGAUUAUACUGGACUUUGUGCCCAAUCACUCGAGCGAUGAGUGCGAUUGGUUCAAGAAGUCGGUGGCACGUGAGCCUGGCUACGAGGACUUUUAUGUGUGGCAUGUGGGCAAACACAAUCCGGAGACAAACCAACAGGAGCCGCCCAGCAAUUGGAUAAGCGUCUUUGGCGGCUCACAGUGGACGUGGGUGCAUGAGCGAGGCGAGUUCUAUUUGCAUCAGUUUCAGCGCAAGCAGCCGGAUCUGAAUUUUAACAAUCCGCUGGUGCGCGAGCGCAUGCUGGAGGUGCUGCGGUUCUGGCUGGAUCGUGGUGUCGAUGGCUUUCGCAUUGAUGCAGUGCCGCAUAUGUACGAGCGGCAGAAUGCCGAUGGCAGCUAUCCGGAUGAGCCCAUCAGCGGCUGGGGCAGCAAUGCAAGCGCGUACGAUUAUCACGAUCACAUCUAUACCAAGGAUCAGCCGGCGACAGUGCAACUGAUGUAUGAAUGGCGCGACUUUUUGCUGCAAUAUCAAGCGGAGCAUGGCGGAGCAACACGCGUGCUGCUGGCCGAAGCUUACAGUCCAGUGGAAACGCUCAGCGCUUACUUUGGCAAUGGUCAGCGGCAGGGCACGCAGCUGCCCAUGAACUUUCAGCUAAUGUAUCUGAAUGGUUACUCCAAUGCGCGACAAGUAGUCGACUCCAUUGACUAUUGGAUGAACACCAUGUGGGCGCAGCAUCAGACUGCCAACUGGGUGGUGGGCAAUCAUGAUACGCCGCGUGUGGCGGAUCGCAUGGGCGCACACAAAGUGGAUUUGCUGAAUGUUAUAGUCAAUGCGCUGCCGGGCGCUUCGGUUACCUACUACGGCGAAGAGAUUGGCAUGUCCAAUGUGCAAACUCCAUGCACUGAGAUCAGCUGCGAUGCACGCGAUGGUGAGCGCACGCCCAUGCAGUGGUCGCCGCUUAGACAUGCGGACUUCAGCACAGCUCCAAGCACUUGGCUGCCGCUGAGUCCGGACUAUCAACGCUUUAAUGUGAAGACGGAGCGCGGCGUCGCACGCUCCUCACUGCAAGUAUUCAAGGCAAUGCAGCAGCUCAAGCGCAGCGCUGCGUUUAUGGCAUUCAAGCAGCCAGGUGGGUUUUCCUACAAAGCGCUAACCGAGCAGGUGCUGCAAAUUGUGCGCACCAAUGGCGUAAGCGAGGAAUAUCGCAUAGUGGUUAACAUGGGCAACCGCAUAGAAAUUAUUGAGCAGUUGGUGGAUAAGGUGUUUGAAUAUGUGCUGGUCACCACGUACUCGGUGCAUAGGGCAGGUGAAACUGUGGACUUGAACGAACGCCUGGUGCUCAUGCCCUAUGAAGCGAUUGUGCUGCGCUGGUCGCGCUGAGAAUAGGAACCCCCUUUGGUUGCGCCGCUGUAAUCAGCGUAAAUAAAGUUUAUUUUCUUGCAAUCAUGACAAAUAGUUCUAGCUCAUAUUAUAUAUUGCACUUUGAGUGGCAAUUCAUAAAUGUUUGCGUUAUAUAUAGACACUAUACUAUAGCUAUUAGAAUUAAAGAUAAGAUCUAUUAUUUAUUUCGGCUGUUGGGCCAAACCAUAAAUUCGCGUUGUUAAUUUAAUCAACCAAAAAAAACCCCAAGCUGAUAACUUGAAAUAAACAAUUAUGUCGCAGCUAAA